AUGUCGCCUUUAGGAGCAUCGGCCAAGUUUAAUGCUCAGAUCGGGCUCUCUGCGCCAUCCCUGGAUUCCCCCUCGAUUCGGCUCACGCAUGGCGAAGACGACGGCAAGGCGCUCUCGGUCUGGGAUGGCGACGGUGAUAACAUGACGCUCGAGAUGAUGACGGAUAUAGAUGAUGGCCAAGUCGACGAGGACAUGCAAGGCGCACUGGAUAACGUCUCCGCGGUCCAUGCGCGCAAGCUGCUCCAUUACAAACGCCUGCUGGAGCGCACCCAAGCGUCGACGGCAGCGCAACUGCACGCCAUGCAGGCUGAGAUACGGAUAUUGCGUCAACGCGCCGAAGGAUCAGGCGAUACAAUCGCGUUGAGGUCAGAUCGGGUCGGCAGUGACGACUACUGCGUUUGUGGGGGGAAGAAGCGCACGGGCUACUGGGCUGGAUACCGUGGCGACGAUGAUGACGAUGGUAACGAGACGGUGGACUUGAUGAAAGCUUUAAGGGGAACCAACGGGGAAUUCAACGAGAUUGAGGUGCGGAAGGCCAUUCGCGGCCUGAGCAGGGAUGAGAGGAUGAGACUGAUUGCCAUCAUCCUUGACUCGUGCAUGCCGGGCGAUAUCCGCCUUCAAAUCGCACUCCUGGAGAAGUACGCUAAGUCGACCUUCGACAUUAUAGGUAAUCUUGCCCCGGACCUCGUAUUCAAGGUCUUCAAGUGGCUUAGUGUCCCGGAGCUGCUUGGUGUCGAGACGGUUUCGAAGAAGUGGCAGGGCUUGGUUCACCUCCCUGCCUUGUGGAGGCUUCAUUGUCUUCGCAUAACCGCUACGGAUCCAUCUCCCGUCAGACCUCCGAAGACUCCGGAAGGAUGGGAACCGCUUUAUCGCUCCUUGCAUCAUCGGGAGUCCAACUUCCGCAAUGCGCUCCCUCAAACUAUCCGCUUCCUCAACGGCCACACCAAUUAUUGCACGACCCUGCUCCUUCGAGGGAAGCGUUUGAUCAGCGGAUCCUAUGACGAAACUAUCCGCUUCUGGGACGUCGAGACUGGCGAGAUGAAGAAGUGUCUGCAGGUGAAGAAACCCGUCAGCUGUGUGGACUUCUUGGAGGAGGAAGAGGUUUUCGUCGUCGGCUUUCACGACGUUGGGCGUGUGCACGUCUUCUCCUCGCUCACCUUCUCGCCCCUGCAGCAGCUUUCCGGACAUCUUAACGGCAUCAGAGCUGUCGUCAUGUCGUCCAAGACUCUUGUAUCUGCUGGCGCCGACAAAGCACUCGUCGUCUGGGACUGGCGCCUUGGCACCAAGAUCCACCGCUUUGGGCAGCAGACGACGAUGAACAUCGGCGUGCAAAUCAUCAACAGCCAAGAGGGCGAGAGGAUCGUCAGUGUCACCAUCGACGGCAUCGUACGCGUGUUCUCAAUCAAACGGAGGGAGAUGAUCUCGCAGUUCAAGCUCUCUGAGCUGGGUGAGGGAGAUCCGGUGUUGAGCAGCAAGCUGUUCAAUGUAGGCACUGGACCCCACAACAUGCUACAGUGGUUCGCUGCGAAAGGCUCGCAGAUGACGUGUGCUACCAAGUCGGUCAUACUCCAUCUGCAAUGGACAGAGGAGGAUGAAGAAGUCCCACCGCCCGCGUCAGCUGAGCCGCAGUCUCCUCUGACAUUAUCAGCUCUCGGGCGCCCCAAGAUGGUGGCGUCUCUUGCGCGUUCGACGUCGUCGAUCAGCACCCCACGCCGCAGCUCACUCAAUAGUUCAGGGUCGACCUCAACAUCUGCCAGGCCACGUCUCAGCCUUACACCGCAAGCUCCGAUGACACCAGUUAGCCCGUCCCCGCGCAGUGGUACUCCGUCUUCGCUCUCCGUGUCGGGGUUACGUCCGUUGUCCGCGUCCGUCAACGGCGGAGGCUCUCCUUUCCAAAUCCACUUCGGUCGGGCUGCGGUGCUCACUGCUCCACCGAAGCUGGUUGCCGUGGUAGAGACCCCCGAUGUCGCCGUUGGGGCGGUUGAUCCUCAGAAGCGCCGUGUAGUCACUGCGACGCGCUUCAGUUCCCGCGCGGGAGCCGAUCGUAGGAUAUUCAUAUCGACACAUCACGACAAAUCGCAGAGGAGGAAGGUCUCGGAGGAUGGUGAAGAUGAAGACACCGAUACGGACUCCAGUUCCGACCUGGUCUCGUCUCCGGGGGUCGAUUUGGACACCGAUAUACAUGCGCUACAGGGCGUCUGGGCCGCGCUGGCCCAAAACGAUGGUGCCAUCCACACCGUCAAGGGCCUACUUGGCAAAGUGCCGCCCAAUUAUCAAGGUCUUGCAACUCCCGAGAAGAACCCGAUGUCGAUGCAGCUUACGCACGAGGAAGUCGUGGUCGGCUGCGCAGAUGGAACGAUUUAUGUGAUGAACUUCGUAGGCCACGAGUACAAGCGGUCAUCCGCCGCGAGCGAUAUCGCCGUAUUGGACACUCUUGGAUAG